CUCAAACCUUCCAGUGAAACAAAAGCAGCGGGCCCUUGGCGCCAUGUCGGGGUUACCAAGGAGUUUUCGGCAUAUCCAGAUGUUGGCCAAGCAGCAGUCACAUACACUGACCCUUGGGCAGCUUAUGAGGAGCACUCGCUCCGAUUCGAACUCGCUGAUCCGACAGGGUCAAUGGCUCCGAAACCAACUUCCCAUUCGUUUCGCCCGGCGCUUGGACGAGUUUCUACAGUUGCCGUACUUAGUUGUGCACAACCAAAACAUCAAGCAGGUCUUUGACAUUUAUGUCGACACCUUUGAGACCGUUUCCGACUUCCCCAACAUCAUCACGGACAGAGAUGAGGCGGCCUUCGCGGACCUGAUCCGACAACAACUGGAAAAGCAUCAGCAAGUAGCCAGAUUGAUUGCUGAAGGCUAUCGCGAGGUGCGGCACAUGUAUCCUCACCUUCGCUUGGACAGUUUUUUAGAUCGUCUGUUCAUUGCCCGGAUUUCGGCCAGAAUCCUCAUGGAGAAUUAUAUUCGCAUGCGCACUCCUGCAGAAGGUUUUAUAGGCGUCGUUCAAAAGGAACUGUCGCCUCUUCAAGUUUUCCAGGAGUUGAGCAAUGAGAUCACCAGACUCACAGAGGCCAUCUAUGGCGUAGCUCCAGACAUCGAGUUUCGUGGGAACUUGACGUGCACGUUGGAUUACAUCCCCCGACAUGUGCAGUUCAUGGGCCAGGAGCUCCUCAAGAACGCCGUGCGCGCGACGACUGAACGGCACAAGCCACGCGAUGGUCCGGGCAUUGGCUUUGCUUCGAGGUCGGAGAGGAUUCCAAAGGUGGCUGUGGAAGUGCAAAAGGGGGAUGUUCACGUGAUCAUCAAGAUCAGUGACCAGGGGGGUGGAAUGCCCAAACGGAUCCAAGAGGAGGCCUGGCAGUAUGGCUGGACCACAGCUGAUCAUGAGGAGGAGGAUGAUCCCUAUUCAGGGGGUACCUGGCGUAAGGAACUGGCCGGCUAUGGCUUUGGUUUGCCGCUCACCAGGCUCCAUGCGCAAUAUUUUGGAGGAGAUGUCUUUAUGCAGGCUUUACCGGGACAUGGAACGGACAUGUACCUGUUGCUGAACCACCUGAAGGAAGGAAGUCCAUCUACUGAAGAAGAUGAUCCAUCAACCGCUUUGACCGAGACGGAAAAUCGAUCUGUGAAUGCGCCCUAGCGAAUCAAAAAUGGGAAUCGAUGUCGAGAAGCUCGAUUUGUACAUAGGCGGCUAGGCGGCAGGCAGAACUGCUCAUUCCACUGUUGUUCUAUGAUUGUGUCAGUGUCUUCAGAUGUCUUCAGUUUGUUGUUGGCUUUUGCCUUACUUCUGCCUGAUGUGGACAAAUGCCCACUGUGCCAACGAACUCAA